UAAUAACACGCACCUAUAUCGGGUAGCGCUAAUUCCAGCUGGUCAUCGACAUUGCCUCGUUGCAAAACGUGAUUUUUUAAAAUAAAACUAGAGCCGUGUGUAUUCGCUGUAGAAAUUGGAGAAGGACGAUGACGUUAGUCGAAAAAUUAGAAUAACGUAAUAUUAACCCAUUGAUCUGGUUCUUUUUUUUCGGUACGUCCGCGCUGCGUAACCAGCACGAUCUCGUUAACCGGUCAUAAAAGUUGCAUGUGCAGUUUGAGAAACGUUAGUCGGGGGGGGGGGGCCCAGUCGCGCGCGAGCCUUUAUCGACGUUGCAUUACAGGAGACGCACGUGUAGGGCAUGUUUGAAGUAACGCAAGUGUCGCGCGUAACGCAGCUAAAUAUAAUCGAGAAAGAAAAAGAAGAACCUCCCGCCUAGAAACGCGUGCGUUAUAACGCUUAAACUAUCCACUUCUGCUCGCAUUCGUUUCGUAGCGCAACGCUUUAACGUGCAUUAGGUCCCCGACCGCGAGGAGUGCAGCUCGCCAGUGCGUUCGCGAUGCGUCGCGUUUCGCGUUUCGCGUUCUGUCCACAUUUAUCCCUCUCUCUCUCCCGAGAGAGAAAGAGAGAUCUUCUCUCUGAUCGUGUCUGUCUGUCGUCUGGUAUCAUCCGUCGUCACGAGCCUUAAUCGCGAUAUCCUCUUCCGACGAACACGUGAUUUCGCUUGUUUACCGAUUUUUCGGGAAAAAAAAUCUUCCGUUCCAGGGUGUUGCGUCAUCGUGAACGUUCUCAGUGAAUUAGUUAGUGAAUAUUUAUUUUAUAAUGAUAUCUUCGACGCGUGUAUGAAAACAGUAUCCAUUUUUUUUUUUACCGCGAAUCCGUGAAUCGAAUCGAUCAGGGAAUAGCUAACAAUUUGCUUGUUUAUGCAAGCCGCCACGUGACUCAACCUGUCAUACGUUUUCGUGAAUCAUACGAUUUCUAUCGUGAUCGAUCGAUCGAGAUUUUGCACAGUCAGAUGAAUAAUGCUAAUAAAAAAACGCAGAGACUCUAAUCUGCAGUGAGUUUCUACUUCAAGAGGGCAUGAUUAAUUCAUAGAAAUUUUAAUUCUGGCUAAAAAUUACUAUGCAGCAUCGCGAAGAGAAACGCUAGAGAGAGGGCUUAAUUUUAUCGGUUAAAGCUUGAAAAAAUUCCACAUUUAUUUUGGAGGAUUUAUAACGCCUAUUGUUGGAACGGUACCAUAAACGCGAUUAAAUUUUCACGCGAGGCAGACGUGUCUUAUUUUUGUCGUGGUACGGUACGGUGCACCGUUUGCUCGGUUGUGCAAUAUGUGUGUACGCAAUAUAAUACGGAUAUAAUUGUUUGACGCCGUUGUAUAAUGCGGCUUCCAGCGUGAAUCCAGUCACGACUGGAACGUCGUCGCACAAACACCGGAGUGUCGUUCAUUUUCUCGGUUCUCUGUUUCGCGAUUAAAAAACCCACCGUGUACGGUCCGCCAGCUGCUAUCGAGCACAUACCUGCCCCGAACGGUGCAACGCGGUAUAAUUGGACAAUUAACCUUGAAACAAUAACGCGAUUCCAUCUGUACGGUUCGCGUACGCUCGAAAUGCGUUGCUUCGGACAUCGGUGCUUCGUGGCACGCGAGUCUACGGUGACGACACCGUACAGAACGAUUAAUAAUUCGCGAAUACGUUAUCUCGUCGUAAACGGUGCCGUCUAUAUUUAGGUAUAUGUAAUCGUUCGUCACUUUGUACCUUGCACGUACACGCAAAAACGAAUUUUCCGCGAUAGAAAGAAAAAAACGUGUGCGUGAUCGUCGCGACACAAUGGACGAUCGUGACUGCAAGGACUUUACAUCAGUAUCGUUUCAACGAAGCUACAUCGAAACAGAUAUCGCUAUCUUUUCAACUAAUCUCGUUUCAUUUUUGGUCUUUUGUCGUUUCUACCAAAAGAAUUUUAAAAUAAGAGCUUCGAAAAUUGUAGAGAGGCCUGUAGAAAAAGUCUCUGCGUUACUAUUUGCGUGAAACUCUGGUAACUGAUGGAUAUUUUGCAGAGACGAGGAAAAAGACGCGUAAAACUGUAGAACCGAAUGCGACGAGAGAAUUUACGGAAAAUGGAAACGCGAUAAAUCGUAAAAUUAGAACACACAAGUUGAACGAUAAUCGCCGGUGAGAAUUGUUUACGUAACGGCGCCGCGACCGCUCCCGAAACGCUCGUUUCAUCCGGCCAAACCGUAGUCAAAUCGCGCGCUCGUCCACGCAAGAUACAUUCGUAUCGUUUCAACUCAACUGUAUCUUAUUUUCACACCAAAAGAAAUCUUCAUAGACAGAAAUUAUUAUUCUCGAUCGACCGUGACCGUAGCUUGUUCCCUGAGAGUCUCGAUAAUUCCUCUACUUUGGAUCGAAUACGGAUGAAUCGAACGAGUUUUCGAUGCGUCGAGGAUCGUGUAAAAAACAAUAAUUUUGAAAGAUAGGAACGAAACACAUGUUUGUCGGAUCGACGGAAGUGCACAACGGUUCGAAACAGCUAUUUUCAGAGCCUUUUCGAUCCCCGGUUUCGAGCAGAGUUUGAUAUUCUCUGUUUAUUUCGAGAGAGACGCGUAAACAUCGCGAGUCUCGAUCAGUUUGUUGUUUUCACGGUGAAUCGGUGAACGCGAUGAGGAAACCAGUGACACGGUAGUUUUAGCGCGACAGUGGUAAUUACUGGAGGAUAGUAAUAAAGUAGACGACGAGUUACGGAUAUCCGUGUAAACAAUUCGGUGGGUUACGUUCUAUCCGAGACAGAGAUUAUGGACGUCUCGUAGAGUCGUUCGAGCGUGAAAUUUAUCGGUUGGUCGAUCGUUGGCGCGAAAAAUGGAAGAAGCGAGGCACGCGUGGUCUUCUCUAAAGUCGGUCAGAAAAUUAUCGUCGUCGAAAGCUAACGGCAACGGUAACGACAACUCCACGGCGAUCUGGUACGACGUUCCGGCGCCUGUGAUAAUACACUGUCACGAGUUUCCCGACAUAAACGAGGCCGAUAAACCGAAACUCUCCAUCGUCGACGAUGAACGACUCUAUGAAAACAAUCAGGAGAUCGCGAAGAUAGAAUCUCGCGAAAAGGAGGGCUCGGAGGACGAAGAAGAAGAGUCGAGGGAACGAAAACUUCACAAGAACACCGUGGAACUGACCGCGGUCACGUCGGUGGAAACUGACGACGACGGACUGCCCACGAUCAGCUUCAGUUUCUUGCACGCCAACGAGAAGAACGAAAUGGCGACUACAAACGUGGAAGAGACACCAGCGACAGUCGACAGAGACUCGUCUGAAGAGGAUCGGUUGUACGACUUUCCUAAGAAUUCCUACGUUCGCGACGAGAACGAAACCGACGUCGAGAAAGUCGUCGAAAUGGAAACGAAAAUGGAAGUGGAAUCCAACGAGACGACAGAGUCUGUUGGCAAAACGGACGACGAGAAGCAAGUCGACUCGACGAUCACGAAGAUCGAUUUACCUGUUGAAAGAAAGGACCGACGGAACGAUCGAGCGAUACGAUCGGCGAGAUCGUUGAGACCUGGACGGAAAACCUACGGAGUGUCUGAGAGCGACGGAUACGACGCGGGGAUCGGUUCGAUGUCGGGAUCUUAUUCGGAUCCUGAAUGCUCGAACGACGUUGUGCCUCGUCGCAGCAGACAUCCUCAGUUGCAGAAGCAUCGAUUAGGGAAAGCAUGGGACAAGAUGAGAAGCUGGCUGCGCGACGAAACCUCCAAGAUCAACGAGGUCGUGAACAAGCACGCGAGGUUGCAGGCUGUGGGCGCUCUCGCCGAGGAGACGCAACUCCCGAGGAUUUCCAAGAGGAAAACCGCCGCCUCCUACGAUCUAACCACCGCUAGGACGCAGGAGUCGGGAUCGAUCACCAGGAUCGAAGAGUUCGGUCUGACUUCCGUCACGGAAGAGAACGCGAUCUCUUCUCCGGAACGUAGCAGCGUUUCUAUGAAGGACGCGGAGAACGAUUCGAGUAAAUUGGGAGAAAUUGCGAACGGUUCUGAGGAUGUUUUUGACGGUGAAACUAAGAAACGAGUCGCUACGGUCUCUCAGAGUAUGGACAAGUUGUGUUCCGACACGGAGAACGAGGAGGCGGACGAUGCAACCGUAGAGAUCGAGACCAGGGAUCAUGCUCGAAAAGCUGGUUUGAUUAAGAAGAGAAUGCUGGGGUCAAUCAGAGGGUUAAUGGCCUCCACUCAUCUGCUACACGUUCACGAGACUGAAGAGGGAGGACAAGGGGGAUUCGAAGACGUUCGAAGGUUCGUGAAACAGGGCGGUGAUUUCUGCAAGGAAUUGGCAUCGAUCCUCCACGAAAGAGCGGAGCUGGAAGCAACGUAUGCCAAAGGUCUCAGCAAACUGAGCAACAAAUUGACGAAGGCGUGUUCUAAGGAUCAAGGUGGCAAUAGCAGCGGAGGUGUGAACGAGGCAUGGAGAUGCGUCGGCGAGGAAAUGGAGGCUGCGGCUGAAGCCCAUAGAGUGUGGGGUAUCACGCUCGGCGAACAGCUUGCCAAACCUCUUCGAGUAGGAGUAGCGGAAGCUCAAGGACGUUCGAGGAAAUCCGUGGAGAAUUCCGUGGACAAGGCGGGGAAGUCGCUUCACGAGUGGCGUAAUGUCGCGACGAAAAGUAAAAAGCAAAGUUUCGCUUGCGCGCGAGAAAACGAGAGGCUGCAGGAUAUGGCGAGGCUGCAGUCGAUCAGCCAGAGCCAGCAGAGCAAUAACAAAUCGUCGAACCACCAUAUGACGGAGAAGGAGGCGAGCAAGCUCGAGGCGAGGAGGAGAAAGGCCGAGGACUCGUCACGUAGGGCGGACACGGAGUUUUACACGGUGAGCGUGAGAGCCGAGAGAGCGAGGCUCGAGUACGAAAGCACAGUGAGAAAAGGGGCGAAACAGAUGGAGCUACUCGAGGAGGAACGAUUGAGCGCUCUCAAGGACCUCGCGAACGUUUACCUGGCGCACCUGCAAGCUCUCGCUCCCCGUCUGCAACAGAGUGCAGACCGUUUGGCAGCCCCUGUGCGUAAUUGCAACGUGUCCCAAGACAUCGAGAUCUUGAAGAACCUUAUACGCAGAGUCGAGAACAACGACGGGUGCAGUUUCGAGCAACUGUUGCCGGACUUUUACGCGGAACACGUUACCCUGGCGAUGAACAGGGAACGUAGGAAACAGGCGUUGGUCAGAGUUCUUCAUUUGAUCAGACAGGACCUGGAACGAGAGAGACGCGGAAGGGAGGGACUAGAGACGCUUCAUAGGGCUUUCAUCGCGACGCCCGCAUUCGCGGCGGACGAGAGUACGCAGAAUGUUACCGACAAACUGCAUCAUAUGCGUUCCAUGUUACUUUACUUGGAGGCGGCGAGGUAUAAGGUCGGAGGAACGUUGGCGGAAGUGGAAGGCAGCAAACGAGGGAAACAUCCCUUGGCGGAGCAUAUUUUAGUUUCUAGAGACAAGCAAGGCCUGCAGCAAAGUGUCCUUAAGGUUCCUUCUUGGGCGAAGAACGAAUCGUUUGAAUUUCAGGACGACGAAGAUGAAAUUGAAGUUCACCUUGCGAAGGAUCACGAGACCGAGAGCCGUCACUGGACCGAUCGAACGGCCGGUGACGGGAACUCGGAGAAUCCUCCCGAUGAAGACGAUUUUAGCGAUUUUGACGAGUUCAGUAGUCAUUCGGAAGACAAUAAUAAUCAAGACGUUGACGCUGUCGUGACACCGAAUAAAACAGACGGGACGGAACAGUGCAGAGCGAUUUAUCAGUACUCGGCUAAUCUGAACGACGAACUUAGUUUAAGCCCCGGAGACUUAAUAACGGUACAUCAGAAGCAACCGGAUGGUUGGUGGAUAGGCGAGUGUCGAGGACGAACUGGAAUAUUUCCGGCCACGUACGUGCAACUUAUUCACUGAUUCGUCCAACCAUUUUUCCCUUUUAACAUUCAAAAAUGGAUGUAUCGGUGUCUAUGUUCUUUGGAAAGAAACGACGAUACAAAAUUGCAAUUGAAAUUUCAAACGAAAAAUAUAGAAUUGCAAUUGAAAUGUACCGGUUGAAUAACGGUGAAAGAUUAAGAUCGAGUAGAUCGAGAAACUACCAAAGCACGCUUGAAUCGAAAGUGUUUGACACGUUUUUUAUAAACGUCUGUUAAUUUUGACUGCUUAGGGUUCAAAUUUUCUGUUGAAAUUAACGCGUGGCGUUGAAAACUUGUUCGCCACAAUGAUCGUCGAGGGAUCUAGAAUUAUAAUUUGGGGAAAUGAAAAGAGAAUCGGUUGGUAAACAGAUAUUUAUUUACGUGCCUAUUUACAUUGUUGAAGUGCCAAUAAUAGCAUAUGUUAAGACUAUGCAAACCAGACAAUAACAAGGAAAAUUCAAUAUAUUCGAUAUGAUGGUGAAUUUCAAUCUGAAAAAUAUUUAUACGACCAAGUACUGUUUCCUGACUUUAUGAUCCAUGUAUUAUAAUUUAUAACAAAUGUAUAGUAUUGAUAUAAGCUAGACAUAUCGUGAUACGAUAUAACAUUGUGUCUAUUUUAAUGAAACAUUUCGUCAAAGUCACUACGAUAUAACGUAAGAGUAACGGAAUGAUCGAUGAGAAGAAGUAUAGGAAAAUCGAUACACUUUUCUGAUAUUUCGCAGAUUAUUUGCUUGCAUAGCUAACGCGAAUGGAAUUAAAUGCUGUAAAAUGUACAUAACACGUUCGCUUUUUGGAAUCCAAUUGUAAAUAGCACUUGAAAGACGUUAAUAAUUUAAGCAUUGCAUGUAAUAAUAAUUAAAAGUGCAGAACGUUUAUUUAUAAAUCAAUAAUACACAUAUUAUUAAUUCGUUGGUAAACAUCAA